AUGGGCAAAAUCACCAAGACUAUGCAGCCCCGGCACAGGGAAACCUUGUCGCCCUGGUUGAGAGAUUACGUCCAGGCUGCGUCGUCUCUACCGCUGCCCCUCAUUCCGGGGAAGCUCGACGAGUUCCCGACAAGGUGGCCGUUCCCUCGUGGAGAUCUCCAUCACUGGAUUCCACUUCUGAAUCGGUUUGACAACAUCCUCGAGGCAUUUUGCGCCACCUACAAGCUACAAGAGGGCUUUCAGACUCGGGAUUUUGCGUGCGAUCUUCUCCUGAACAAAGGGGCCCCGGUCGAGUACGGCGAUGGGGAAGCGUGGAGCAAGGAGCGACUGGUACAGUUGGGCUACAAGGAUGAUGGCGACUGCCGGCUUAUCCUAUCCAUCCUCAACUUCACCGGGGUGCUGCUUCAGCACUGCGGAAACCGGAGCAUAUACGCCAGCAGCCAUCAUCUAAAUGACCUGCUGAACACCACAUCUCUGGAGGUCGUCUUUGCAACGCUCCAGGUUGGCCUGGAGUUAGCACAGCGUUAUCAAGCCUCGAUCAAGCGUCUGCCUGCUCCUAGCCGUCAAGUGAGCAGUGCUCUACUGGCAAACCAUUACAACAUUGAUCUUGAUAGGGUGCUAUGCCUGUCGCAGCCUUUCGUAAAGACCCCAAUAUCCCCGGUCGCUCGUUUUGCGGAUAUCCCGCCAACUACUCCGGCCUCGGCAACCAAGGGCAAAGACAAAGCCGUUGAACCCGGGCAUAAGAGCGUGGCCGUGAUGUAUGCAAAUGAUUUGACCUCCCUCAUUGCACCUGGGCCCGCAGAUGAUGCACGCUGGAACGGCUGGGGGGACGUCAGAAUUGGGUAUUAUCCCCAAACAGAGUCGCUCGCUCAAGAGCCUCAGGCUGGCGACCGUGGCCCUUCCGCAGGCCCCACGACUCCUAGUCCUCUCCGACGGAGCUCUACGGGCAUAACACAAACCCCGCGCUUGAAUAGGUUCUCUGGCGCUGAAGACAGCCCAUCAAGUCGGAGCCAGGGAGCAAGCGGCGAAGGGGAUGCUGCCGCUGGGUUCAAGACUAUCCAGAUCCGCCAAUCUACCGUGCAGUCGACCUCCAUUUAUGACCUUCUCAAACUAUGCCCGGCCGACCUGCCUAAGCCGACCCGUUAUGAAUUCCUCAACCGGUUGAGGAUAUGCAAAGCGCUGCUCGGAUCUUCCGAGGAUCGCCAAUUGGCGCUGGCUGUUCGGCUACUGGCGAUUACGAACCUCGCAUAUAUCCAUAACGAAUCGACAUUUGCAGAAAAGGUUCUGAAGCAGGACAACGACGAGCCCCGCAGAUACCAGCUCGUGUAUCAGCUUGCCGAACUGAUCCAUCCCUCGGUCGACGGGGCGCCGGAUACACCUCUCCGACUGCAGGCCAUCGCACUCGCCGCUCUUCAGGCUAUCAGUGUCGUGCCCGCCAAGUACGCUGACGUGCUGUCGGCGCUGAACGCCAAUGUCAACCACGGCGUUCUCUUGUACGUGGUCCGGAAGGCGGUGGCUAGCAUGAAGGAGGAUCCAGUCGAGCCUGAUGAGGGGAAGGUAACCGAUGCUGAUCACUGGCGGGCUGCACUCUUCGCCUUGACUCUCCAUAUGGCCAUGUCCUCUCGAAUUGGGCAAGAGAUGGCAUCUGCUGGGCUGCUUGAGGUUUUGGUCGAAAUCCUCAACCUUCGCUCCAAGGUCGCCAGCCGGAACUAUAGCAUGGUUCUUGGUUUUCUUGACAACAUUGUUUACAAUUACCAAGGCGCAUUUACCGCCUUCAGCAACGCUUCGGGAUUGGACGCCAUCUCCAACCUCAUCGUGGACACGGUCAAGCUCUCGAAGGACUUGGUCGCGGCCGGACAAGGAACGAGACCCGAGUUCCACGCACAGCUGGUCGACUAUGAGAUUCCUUUCUAUCAGCAGCAAACACUGAAGUGGCUUCUCAAGUUCAUCCACCACAUCAUGACCAAUGCUUUCACGUUUGGAGCCAAUACCGAUCGCCUUCUGAGAAACUUGGUAGAUAAUUCUUCCUUGUUAACCAGUCUCAGGGCCAUUAUCGAAGAGAUGCGUGUCUUUGGGUCCGUGGUCUGGACGAAUGCUGCUACCCUGCUAGGCGAUUUCAUCAACAACGACCCAACGAGUUUUGCGGCCAUCUCGGAGUCGGGCAUGAUCAAGAGUUUUCUUCAGGCCCUUACCGGUAAAGAGGUUACGCAGCCGAAGCCUCCGGGCACCCCAAGGCCAGAUGCUCAUGAUGGCGAGGAUGUUGGUUCACCGGAUUAUUCCGAGGACUCGGUCAUUUUCGAGAGCGACGACCGGCCGCACCCUCCGACGCAAGAGAUACUUGACGCUCCCAGGGAGCAACUCGCGCGUGGGGUCCUCGCUUCUUCGGAUGCCAUCAACAUCAUACCCUCUGUGCUGAAUUCCAUAUCCCUGAACAACGCUGGGAUGGGGAUGAUUGUGGCUGCGAAUGCCCUAGAUAGCUUCUUGGAGAUAUUUGAAAGCCCAGAGCAUGUCCAGGUCAUGUCGACAACUGACCCCGAUCUCCCUAGCAACCUCGGUAGCAGCUUUGACGAGCUUGCUCGCCAUCAUCCUGCGCUACGACCUACGAUUUCUAAUGCUGUUAUCGACAUGAUAGCCAGGGUUCUGCAUUUCGCAAAGACCAAAUCCGCAACCGCGGGGUGGGGUGCUAAGCUUAUGGUUGUCGACCCUAGUGGGACGGCCGUAAAUGCGGACGACAGCUUGAUCGCUAGGAUGGAAGCCCCAGUGACCACCUCUAAAGGCAAAGAAAAGUCCACGGCACAUGAUACGGAUGUAGAGAUGGCGGACGUCGGCCUCCAGCCCCCUGCGGAUCCUCCUACGAAUAAUGACUCUGAACCUGAAGCCCGAAGGGCCACAGGAUCCUCCGAUGAGAUCGCGCCGUAUGUCUGGGCUGCGUCAUCGUUCCUCAACACCCUGUUUGGCAACUCCAGCCUGAAGUCCACGUUCAUCCGCGAGGGUGGUAUCGAGCUGCUCCUGGAGCUGUCUGAAGCCCCGAGCCUCCCUGAAGAUUUUGAGACGACAACAGCGUCGCGCAUGCUCUCCCAGGUCCUUGCACAGCUCAUCGAGGCUAGCCCGGUGCUUGGGGUCCCCUCUUUACUCAACAGAAUCCACGCUGCUGUCCAGGACUUGCAGCCACUUGUUGGCAGAGAGGGCGUCUAUCCGUUCUUCGCCCCUUUUAUCGUCCCGGACUUUUCACUUGUGAACGACAAGGGGGAGUGGGACAGGAUUUUGGUGCGCAAGGUUGCCAGCGGGACUCGAGUCGUCAAGGCCUUGGUCAAACUGCAGACCCUUGUCAAGACUCUCUAUCAGAGCUUCCCCUAUUCAACGAGACACAACGUAGUUACGAUGCCAGCUGUGAACGUCUUUGACUACUUCACCGCUCUCAUCAAGCGUCUCGGACCACUUCUUAGAGACAUUAUUACCGAAGAGAUGGCGAUUGCUGCCCUUGUCCCUCAGCAUUGGACUGGGAACAAGCCGUCAUCCCAGGAUGGCGCCGAAUUUCUAGCCCCAGCUGGCCUUACUCCCGCUGACGGCGAUGCACAGGAGGAGGAAGCCACUCUUCCCACCUCAGGAAGCAAGCCAGUGGAACCGUCAAUGCAGGUCACGAAGCCAACAAGAGAAGAGCGGUCCACAACCCAGUUUCAGAAUUAUUUCACCAUUCACCGUCUCCUGCAUUCGUUGACUCCGAGCAUACUUCCCUUCUUUCAGACGAUUGGGAAGACACUCUUACCCAGACGAGGCGCUGACUCCUUCGUUCGAUCAAACCACAUGAUCAUCGCAGAAGCUUUGGCGAACACGAUCCUCGAACAGCUGAAAAUGUCGCAAGAGAAACUCACGGCCAAGAACCUGCAUUAUUGGAUCAUGAUGUUCCACACCCUGCGUGAGAUGCUCAUUGAUCCAACACGCCAGACCGAGCGUGCAGGCGUUCAGCUAAUCCUGCCUGUUUUGGUGGCGUUCAAAGAGCUUGGUGGACUAGACGUGCUGAAUGUCAUGCUUGGAAAGUUCGCCGAGGAGAUUCGCAGUGGCGCAACCGAGGGCGAAGAGGCCCACAAAGUGCGGUUGGCUACGGUUGGGAUGAAGAAGAUACUUGACAUAUACCACGUCAUUGUCAACGGCAAAAAUGUCAACGAAUCCCUUGCACAGACAAGCAUAAUUUCGCGGUCUACAGAUCGGAACAGGGACUUUGGCAAUCAGCUUGUCGUGGAGCUACGAUUAGCUGUUUUGCCCACCGCACGUAAGCUUUGGGAGUCGGAGCUUGCCGAGAAGGCGCCCACGCCUGUGUUGAGCAGGCUUAUUGAUAUUCUCAAGACCAUCUCGGCCGCCGAUCACGAGUCCAAUGUUUGGCGCAAGUCAGACAAGACAUCCCCGCCAUCUGUGUUCAAGAAUCGCGAGACGGUACGGUUCAGCUGGGCGUCACACUCGGAACAGGUUAGCAACUUGACCCGCCUGGACUAUGACGAAGACUUGGCACGGGAGGCUGUCUAUCGUGCGAACGGGAAGUUCGAAGAUACCACAGAGUACUGCCGAGCUCAUUCCAAGGGAUUAGCUGGGAAGCGUAAUCCUAUCCCUGAGGAGGAUGCUUACCGGAGUCCGCCAUCACCAAGGCCGCAGCAAGCCCAGGGCGAGGGCUCGGUUAUAUCGCUGGCAGAUGCUCUGGGGUCAUCUGCGGGUCCUAUGGCGCUCGACUCGAUGCCCGAAAUCAAUAAUUUCAUCAGGGAUGCCAUUGGCGAAGCAGUGCUCGGAGACCUUGGCGACCACUCCUCUGACGAGUCAAAUUCGCCCAGCCGCGAGAGUUCUAGUCAGCAUUCCGCUAGUCAGGAAGCAAGCGGCGGGUCCCCCGCACAGCCAGUGGUUGCUUCAUCAGGUUCACUCGUAGCACCUCAGGCGGCCCCCUCGACUGCGAAAGAAGAUCUAGACAAGGAACGGGCAGAGCUACAGAAUGAUCUCAUCGACCGCUGCCUUGAUGUUGUCAGGGCCCAUCCAGAUUCUGUAUUUGAGGUUUCCGACCUGAUUCAUUCAACAAUUCUCAGGUCGGAUAACGAGGACAAACGCACAGAAGUCGGCGAGAUCCUCGCGAACGCUCUCAUGUCUUACGCUAUGAACGACGAUGACGAGAAAAAGGCAAAUGGUCGAGGGAUAGCUGCCUAUGCUCAUUUGUUAUCCCUGCUCCUUCAAAAUCGGCCCUUCUUCAAGUCCACACUGCCCACACUGAAGCAGAACGUCAAUGAAUACCUCGGCUUUCUGAAGGUAUCCCCGGCCAGCUCCAGCGAAGAGCUCCCUCCAUGGAUGCCGUAUAUUCUCCUGAUCUUUGAGAUUCUUUUGUCGGAUGACGAGCAGCCCGUGGAGGCGGAGUGGAAGCCGCCUGUCAAGGAUGAUGAUCCUGUUGAGCAGCCAGUGUGGACGGUCAAGGAGCAUACCGUGUCGGACGAGGCCCGAUCUGAUCUUCUCACCGCGGUCCUGGAUAUCCUGCCAAGAGUUGGCAAGGAGGAACCGCUUGCUGUCUCUGUCUUGCGGAUUCUCGUGAUUCUCACCAGGGACCACGCAAUAGCUAAAACAGUUGGCGAGAAGCGCAAUCUUCAGCGUCUGUUCGUUAUGGCGAAGCAGUCGUGUAGUGGAGGUUCUGCCCGUCUCAAUCAGUCCCACAUAUCUGACAACAUCAUGAUCAUUCUGCGUCACAUUGUAGAAGACGAAGAGCUCAUCCGCCAGAUGAUGCAGACCGAAAUUCGCCAGUACUUGACAAUGUCUCGGGGCACCAGGUCUUGCGAUGUCCACAACUACUUGCGACACCUUUCGCAUGUUGCGCUUCGGGCCCCCAAGCUCUUCGUCGAUGUCACCACGGAGUUGGUGAAACUGGCUCGUUGGUCCUCCCCGUCAGUUGACGGAGCUCCGCGCACCCACAGCCUCUCAUUAAAGGAAAAGACGGCGGAGCAAGCGACUCCUCCAAAGGAUGGCUCUGUUGAACCUGCGGUUCAAGCGACGGAAGACCUCACUAUCCACGAUGUCAAGCCAUCGACAGAGGCUACAGACAAGGAGAUGACAGAUGCACCGAAGACCCCCUUCGAGUCAAAGCGGCCGGUUCUCGAACACCCCGACGGCGUCGUCCACUUCUUGCUGUGCGAGCUGCUCAACUACCGCGAGGUCGAUGACAAGGAGCCUCCGAGCCAAGCCCUCAAGGAAUCGAAACUGGAAGAAGAGUCUCCUAGCGCAAGUAAAGAGGCCACGCCGUCUCCUGCAGACCCAGAGACUUCUGAAGGAAAAGAAAGGGACAGGAAGUCGUCCAAGCCAACUUUCAAAGCCGAAGACCACCCUAUCUUCGUCUAUCGUUGUUUCCUGCUGAAUUGCCUGGCAGAACUCUUGCAAAGCUUCAAUCGUUGCAAGGUCGAAUUCAUCAACUUCAAGCGCAGCGCACCAAUGCAGACGAACACACCUAUCAAGCCGCGUUCGAGCAUUCUGAACUACCUGCUCAACGAUUUGCUCUGCUCGACGGCCGCAGGUCUGCCGACGGACUCGACGCUAACUAAGAAGAAGGCGGCGACGUCGCAUCAUGCGCAGGCGGUGCUCGUAGCCCUGGUGGCGCGGACGCCGGAGAAGCCUAUUGAUCGCACCCGAGACCAAUUCGAGUAUGACGACGAUCUGGACCUGCUCUUCGUCCGCCGUUUCGUGCUAGACACGGUCCUACGUGCCUAUAAAGAAGCAUCUGCUUCGAGCGAGCCUUUCGAUGUGCGCUCUUCCAAGAUGAUAUGCACCGCCGAACUGAUGAGCGUGAUGAUUGGCGAGGGAAAGGACAAGGAUAACCAGCCCAAGAAUGAGCGUGGGAAAGACCCUGCUCUCGUCCGGUCUGAAAUGCAACUGAAGCGCCUCAUGUACGAGAAGGGCUAUCUCGCUGCACUUACCGCAUCCAUCGCAGACAUUGAUCUCAGCUUCCCCAACGUCAAACGUACCAUCAAGUACAUCCUGCGGGUCCUCCGGUCCCUGACAAAGACGGCUUACCAGCUAAGCCAGUCCGAGAUCAUUCCAGCGACAGCGACCGAUCAGCCAGAGGACGAUUUUGCAUCAGCAUCAUCACUCUCGGAUCUAGACGACGAUCGCGAGGAGACUCCUGAUCUAUACCGCAACUCCACGCUCGGAAUGCUUGAGCCGGGUCGUGAGGAAGACUCCACUGAGGAGUCGGAAGAAGAUGACGACGCCAUGUACGAUGAUGAACCUUAUGACGACGAACUAGAUUACGGGGACGAGAUGUCUGAGGACGAAGAAGAGAACCCUAGUGAUGAAGACGAAGAGGAGCUGGGCGAAAUGGGCGAAAUCGAAGGCCUUCCCGGCGAGCCAGGUGUCGUGGAAGUGAUCAUGGGCGAGAAUGACGACGAAGACGAAGACAUGGACGAGGAUGAUGAGGACGAGGCCAGCGACGAGGAGGACGAAGACGAAAUGGACUCAGACGACAUGGAAGAGGUCGAGGACCAGGUUGAAAUCGUCGACGAGGAGGGCAAUGCCAUUGAAGAUGAUGGGGCCUCGGGUUGGGAGAGCGAGACCGACGAGAACGAAGAAGACCAGGAGGAGCUCGACUAUGAGGCCGAAGUACAACACAUUGUACGGGAAAUGACGGAAGGAAUGCGCCCUAUGCGGAUGCCCGACAUUCUACGGGCAGUUGUCGACGGAGAUGACCUUGAUGGGGAGGAUAUUCACGACGACUUCGAUGAACGCUUCCUUGAUGAGCCCGCUGAAGAUGAUGAUGAGGAAGAGGAGGAUGAAGGUGAGGAGGAUGAGGUGUAUUACGAACAGGCUCAUCCUCAUGAUGAUCACCCGCCUCCGAACAUGCCAUCAGGCCUUGGUUGGGACAUCGCGAUUGAACCUGGUAGCCGUUUCAGACCGGGCGGCACUAGAAGCCCAUUCCCGGCUGCGCCAUUCAUGAUGGGAGGACACCGUGAACCCGGCUGGCCUGACUUCCGUAGCUACAUGCGCGGCGGCCAUACGCGGCCACCUCCCAAUACGACGGACGAUGGCGUCAAUCCUUUGUUGCUUUCCAAUAACCGACCUGGGCCAGAGCCGUCUCCUCGCGCUGGUGGUGGACACAUGAUCCGCCUCGGCUUCCCGAAUGGCCUGAUGGGCCCUGGUAUGGAUGCGCCCCUUGCUUUCAUCAACGACCUGAUGCAGACCUUACCACUGGCUGCGCGAGGCGGCCCUGCUCUUAGCCUUCAACUGAGACAUGAAGGCCCGGCAGGUGAGAUUCGUCACGUGAACAUCCCGUUGGGUAUGGGCCCUCCCGGUCGUGAGACUCGUUGGGAACCCCGACGUGAGGCAUACCAGGAGCCUCAUCAAGCCGUCGCUUUCACCCCAGAAAUCACUGCCGAGCGAUGGCAACAGGAAGCCAAGAUGAUCUUUGGCGUCAACCACUAUGAGAAGUCAAGGCUUCUGUCUACCGCAAUCCUCGGAAUGCUCACUCCAGCCGCCAUUCAGCUUGAAAAGGAGGCCAAAGCUCGCGCAGAAGAAGAGAAGCGCCUGCGAGAAGAGGAGCGCAAGCGGCGUGAGGAGGAGGAGCGUAAGGAGAGGGAGGCCAAGGAAGCCGAAGAGAAAGCCGCGAGGGAGAAGAAAGAAGCCGAGGAGCGCGAGCGACAGGAGCGGGAGCGGGCUGAGGCCGAAGCAGCUCGUGCGUCCGAGGAGGCGGCCGCGGGCGCUGAGCGGGUUGCCGAGGAACCUCAAGCCAUGGAAGGGGUCGAGACUCAUGGGGAACGCGAAACCGAGCAACAGCAGCCGAGCGCUCCGGCACAACGUGUCGUUACAGUUAUCCGCGGCGAGACUGUAGAUGUCACCGAGCUCGGGAUCGACCCGGAAUAUCUCGAAGCUCUUCCUGAAGAGUUUAGAGAGGAGGUGAUCGCCCAAACCAUCAGUGCCCGUCGCUCACAGGCUCGCGAACAAGCCACUAAUGAGGGAGAAAACACCGAGGUCUUCCAAGAAUUUCUCGAAGCCCUGCCCGACGAAUUGCGGAUGGAGAUUGUGCAGCAGGAACGCCAAGAACGCCGCCGCCGGGAGCGUGAUGAGCAACGUAGACAAGCUGCGGCAGCGGGGCAGGAUCUCGGUCCUGCAGACAUGGAUCCGGCAAGCAUUCUGUUGACAUUCCCGCCUGCGCUCCGCGAACAGGUCCUGAUGGACCAAGGCGAAGACAUCAUGGAACAUCUACCCCCUGAACUGGCUGCCGAGGCUCGCGCGCUUGCACAACGUCAUAACCGAUAUCACCCGCCACCUGCAGUCGCUCGCGCCCGGGACGUUGUGAGGCGGCCCGAGGUGGGCAAUAUCACGGAGACAAAGUUGCAGCGUCGCACGAUUGUGCAAAUGCUGGAUAAAGCUGGUAUCGCCACGCUCCUCCGUUUGAUGUUCGUGAGCCAGCAGGGCCAAAUUCGUAAUCACCUAUUCGAUGUUUUCUCGCAUGUGUGCGAGAACCGCCAGAACCGGCUGGAAGUUAUCUCUAACCUCCUCCAGAUUCUUCAAGAUGGUAGCACCGACAUGGAUGCAGUGGAACGCAGCUUUAGCCAAUUGUCCUUGAAGGCCAAGCAGCCGAAGGACAAGGACCCAAAGACGCCGCAAAGUCUUAAGCGGACGCUCACAACCAUCAGCGCCCACGGUCAUACAAUGAACAAUUCCGAGGUUUCACCUUUGCUAGUUGUCCAGCAAUGCCUCGACCUCCUUCAGGAGCUGGCAACGAAGAAUCCCCAUAUCACAUCCCUCUUCUUGACCGAGCAUGAGACUGUGGCAUCGACGCUCAAGCGAAGCACGAGCCGCAAGGGUAAGGGCAAAGAUGUCAACUCAAAGGCUCAAAAAUACGCCAUCAAUUCGCUCUUGGCUCUCCUUGAUAGGAGCCUGGUUAUGGAGAGUUCGGCUGUUAUGCAGCUGCUCGCGGACCUGCUCAACAAGGUUACGUAUCCUCUGCAAGCUCUGGAGCGCCGGCGCCGGGAGGCUGAGGAGGAGGCAAAGAAGGCAGAGGAGAAAGCCAAGGAGCAGAAGGCCGAGUCAGGUGCCGAGACCGGCAAUCCGGAAACAGCUGAUGCAUCGGGAGAGCGGCAUACUGCGCCGCAGACUGUUGAUACCGCACUUGAAGCCUCUGCCGAAGAGCAGACGGCGGCCCAAGGCGGCGGGCAACCAGGGGCGGAAAGCUCAACCGCUAAGGAGUCAAAGCCAGAGGAGAAGAAGGUGCGGCUGCUUACUCCGCCGACCAUACCUGACCAGAAUCUCAGAUUGGUCAUCAACAUCUUCGUGGCGCGGGAAUGCAGUUCGAAGACGUUCCAGAACACCAUCUCAACCAUCAAGAAUCUCUCGAACAUACCUGGGGCCAAGAAGAUCUUCGGUGAAGAGCUCGUCUCGCAGGCCAGAGCGCUUAGUGAGAACAUUGUUUCUGACCUCGAUGACCUGCUUCCCCACAUCCUUAGGGCGGAAUCGGGGACGGAGAUUCAAGGCAUCGCAUUGGCAAAGUUCUCGCCCGGCGCAUCGGAGCAGAACAAGUUACUUCGUGUUCUGACUGCGCUAGACCACCUAUUCGACAACAGCAAGGGCAAGAAGUCAAGCGGUGCUGCUGGAAACCACGAGGCCAGGGAGGAGACGAAGGAGGAUCUGCUGGGCUCUCUGUACUGGAACCCAACGUUUGGUACGAUGUGGGACAAGUUGAGCGCUUGUCUCAGCGCUAUUCGACAGCGCGAUAACAUGCUCAACGUGGCAACUAUCUUGCUGCCGCUCAUUGAGUCCUUGAUGGUGGUCUGCAAGAAUACCGCGCUGAAUGAUGUCCCCAUUUCACAGGGCACGGCAGCAAAGGAAAUGCUCUUGUCCAGUCCGCCACCUGAGAACCGCAUUGCGGGCUUGUUCUUCACCUUCACGGAAGAGCAUAGGCGUAUCCUGAACGAGCUGGUCCGACAGAACCCUAAGCUCAUGUCGGGCACAUUCUCGCUCCUCGUCAAGAACCCCAAGGUUCUCGAGUUUGACAACAAGCGGAACUACUUCAAUCGCAGCGUGCACUCAAAGACUGGCCACCAACAGGCGCGCCCCCAAUAUCAACCGCUGCAGCUCUCGGUGCGGCGGGAGCACGUCUUCCAUGACUCGUUCAAGUCCCUCUACUUCAAGUCGGGGCCUGAAAUGAAGUUUGGUAAGCUCAACAUUCGCUUCCACGGAGAGGAGGGUGUCGAUGCCGGCGGUGUCACGCGCGAGUGGUUCCAAGUGCUUGCGCGGCAGAUGUUUGACCCCAACUACGCACUAUUCAUUCCCGUGUCGUCGGACCGCACCACGUUCCACCCCAACAAACUCAGCGGCAUCAACGAUGAGCACCUGAUGUUCUUCAAGUUCAUCGGUCGCAUCAUCGGCAAGGCGCUCUACGAAGGCCGGCUCCUCGACUGCUAUUUCAGCCGUGCCGUCUACAAGCGAAUACUCGGCAAGCCCGUGUCGGUCAAGGACAUGGAGUCUUUCGAUCCGGACUACUACAAGUCUCUUGUCUGGAUGCUUGAGAACGACAUCACGGACAUUAUUACCGAGACCUUCUCAGUCGAGGACGAUGAGUUCGGCGUGACCAAGGUGGUGGACCUCAUCGAAAACGGCCGGAAUGUUCCGGUCACGGAGGAGAACAAGCACGAAUAUGUCCGGCUGAUCGUCGAGCACAAACUUCUGACGUCGGUCAAGGACCAAAUGGAGAACUUUUUGAAAGGAUUCCACGACAUCAUCCCUGAGGACCUCAUUGCCAUAUUCAAUGAGCAGGAGCUGGAACUGCUCAUCUCAGGCCUGCCUGACAUCGAUGUGGAUGACUGGAAGAGCAACACCGAGUAUCACAAUUACACGGCGGCCUCGCAGCAGAUCCAGUGGUUCUGGCGGGCGGUGCGCUCAUUCGACAAGGAAGAGCGGGCCAAGCUCCUACAGUUUGUGACGGGCACCUCCAAGGUGCCUUUGAACGGGUUCAAGGAGCUGGAAGGCAUGAACGGAGUCAACCGGUUCAAUAUUCAUCGCGACUAUGGCAACAAGGAGCGGCUGCCUAGCUCGCACACUUGCUUUAACCAGCUUGAUCUUCCCGAGUAUGAGAGCUACGAGACGCUCCGUGCCCAGCUGCUGAAGGCGAUCACCGCCGGCAGCGACUACUUUGGUUUCGCAUAG